AUGGCGGCGGGCUCGGAUCUGCUGGACGAGGUCUUCUUCAACAGCGAGGUGGACGAGAAAGUGGUGAGCGACCUGGUGGGCUCGCUCGAGUCGCAGCUGGCGGCCAGCGCGGCCCACCACCACCACCUCGCGCCCCGCGCGCCCGCCGCCGCGCUCGGGAACCACGCCGGAGCCGGAGCGGCCGAGGGCGCGCCCGCCGCGGCGCCGGAGCCGCCCCCCGCAGGUAGAGCGCGGCGCGGCCUGGGGCGGGCGGAAGCCGCCGGGCCCGUGUCUUCACCGCGCCGCCGCUUGUCCCCGCAGGGCCCGCCGCCAAGCUGAGCGCACUCGAGGCCGGCGCCGCCGGGGCCCGGGGCCGGGGCCUGCGCGGGGCCGGGGGCCGCGCCCGCCGCCGCGCCCGCCGCCCGCAACGGCCCGCCCGGCGGCCCCGGCGCCGCGCAAACUUUGAAUGGGAGCGCCGCGCUGGGGAACUCGCUCCGCGCCGCCGCCGCCGCACCUGCUGUCAGCCUGCUGCACAACGGGCCCCCGCCCGCGCCGCCGCCCAAGCCCGCCGCCGCCACUGUCAUCCAGACGCCGCCCUUCCGCGGCGCCCCCACCGCGCCCGCGCCCCGCGCCCCCUCGCCCCCCGCGCCCCCCGCCGCACCCACCGUUCCCCCCGCUCCCCCGUUGCCCCCCGCGCCCGCCGCCGCCCCGCCGCCCGCCGCCGCCGCCGCCGCCGCCGCCGCCAGCCUGGCCCGGCCGGCCGGCCACCCAGCGGGACCCCCGGCGGCCGCGCAGAACGGGGCCAGCGCUGCGCCCUCACCCGCCCCUGUCCCCGCGCCCGCCUCGGCCCCGGCUCCGGUCCCGGCCCCGCCCGGGCCUGCCGCCGCGCCCGCGCAGGUGGCCAAGGCCGACUCGCCCAAGACCGCGGUGCAGCCGGCGCCCCCGCCGCCACAGACCCUGGCGGCCAGCUGCCCGGCCGGCGCGGGGGCCGGCAUGAUCCUCGGGCCAACUAUGCAAGGGGCGCUGCCCACCGCCACUGGCGUCCCGCCGCCCGCCCCCGGCACCCCCACCGGGCUGCCUAAGGGCUCGGCCAGCGCAGUCACCCAGAGUCUGCCCAGGACGCCUUCGGCCACCACCAGCAGUAUCCGGGCCACACUGACGCCCACGGUCCUGGCCCCCCGCCUGCCACAGCCACCCCAGAACCCGACGAACAUCCAGAACUUCCAGCUGCCCCCAGGUAUGGUCCUCGUGCGCAGCGAGAACGGGCAGUUGCUAAUGAUCCCUCAGCAGGCCUUGGCCCAGAUGCAGGCCCAGGCCCACGCUCAGGCCCAGCCUCAGACCACCAUGGCGCCCCGCCCUGCAACCCCCACAAGUGCCCCACCUGUCCAGAUCUCCACCGUCCAGGCACCCGGGACGCCUAUCAUCGCCCGGCAGGUGACCCCAACAACCAUAAUCAAGCAGGUGUCUCAGGCGCAGACGACGGUGCAGCCGGCCGCCGCACUGCAGCGUUCACCCGGAGUGCAGCCUCAGCUUGUUCUGGGUGGCACUGCCCAGACAGCUUCUCUUGGGACGGCAGCGGCUGUUCAGACGGGGACACCUCAGCGGACUGUCCCAGGGGCCACCACCACCUCCACAGCUACCACGGAAACUAUGGAGAACGUGAAGAAAUGCAAGAACUUCCUGUCCACGCUGAUCAAGCUGGCCUCGUCCAGCAAGCAGUCCACAGAGAUGGUGGCGAAGGUGAAGGAGCUGGUGCAGCACCUGCUGGACGGAAAAAUUGAAGCAGAAGAUUUCACCAGCUGGUUGUACCGAGAACUUAAUUCUUCACCUCGACCUUACCUUGUGCCUUUCCUGAAGAGGAGCUUGCCCGCCUUGAGACAGCUGACUCCUGACUCCGCAGCCUUCAUCCAGCAGAGCCAGCAGCAGCAGCCACCCGCCCUGCAGGCCACCACUGCGCUCACGGCCGUGGUGCUGAGCAGCUCCGUCCAGCGCACGGCCGGGAAGACUGCGGCCACCGUCACCAGUGCCCUCCAGCCCCCUGUCAUCAGCCUCACGCAGCCCACACAGGUUGGCGUUGGCAAGCAGGGGCAGCCCACGCCGCUGGUGAUCCAGCAGCCGCCCAAGCCUGGAACGCUGCUCCGGCCCCCGCAGGUGACGCUGACGCAGACGCCCAUGGUGGCCCUCAGGCCACCUCAUAGCCGCAUUGUGCUGACCACGCCCCAGCAGAUCCAGCUGAACCCGCUGCAGCCAGUCUCGGUGGCGAAACCUGCUGUGCUACCUGGAACCAAAGCGCUUUCUGCCGUCUCGGCCCAAGCAGCUGCUACGCAGAAAAACAAGCUCAAGGAGCCCGGGGGCGGCUCGUUCCGGGACGAUGACGACAUCAACGAUGUGGCUUCGAUGGCCGGAGUGAACCUGUCAGAGGAGAGCGCGAGGAUCUUAGCCACGAACUCGGAGCUGGUGGGCACGCUCACGCGCUCCUGCAAGGACGAGACCUUCCUGCUGCCGGCGCCUCUGCAGAGGAGGAUCCUGGAGAUAGGUAAGAAACACGGCAUCACAGAGCUGCACCCCGACGUGGUGAGUUACGUGUCGCACGCCACGCAGCAGCGGCUGCAGAACCUCGUGGAGAAGAUAUCGGAGACGGCGCAGCAGAAGAACUUCUCUUACAAGGAUGAUGACAGAUACGAGCAGGCGAGCGAUGUCCGGGCCCAGCUCAGGUUCUUCGAGCAGCUGGACCAGAUCGAGAAGCAGAGGAAGGACGAGCAGGAGAGAGAGAUCCUCAUGCGCGCGGCCAAGUCUCGGUCCAGACAGGAGGAUCCAGAGCAGUUAAGGCUGAAACAGAAGGCGAAAGAGAUGCAGCAGCAGGAGCUGGCACAGAUGAGGCAGCGGGACGCCAACCUCACUGCGCUGGCCGCCAUCGGGCCCCGCAAGAAGCGGAAAGUGGACUCCCCGGGACCGGGCUCGGGAACAGAGGGGUCGGGCCCCGGCUCUGCGGUCCCAGGCAGCUCCGGCGUGGGAGCCCCCAGACAGUUCGCACGGCAAAGGAUCACACGGGUCAACCUCAGGGACCUCAUAUUUUGUUUAGAAAAUGAACGCGAGACAAGCCAUUCACUGUUGCUCUACAAAGCGUUCCUCAAGUAGCACAGGAUGGGUGGCAUCUCGUGGAGACGCCUGGGGACAUUUUUAUAUAUUUGCAGAUCACGCCUUUUUGUACCAAGCAAAUGGGAUAUUGUUUGAAAAACAGCCACCUCUUUGCAAUGGAACUGUUUUAUAUUCCUGUUUCUAAGUCAGCUCUUCAGUCCGGAAGAAAACAAGUUUCUGUAACAGAGAAAACAGAGGCCCAUGGGCACUCUGAAUGGACAAUUAAAUCUUAACUCAUCUUUGAUUGAGUGGCCUUCUUGCCAAACAAGCCAUAUAUUAAAAAAACUGACGGAAUCGUUUAGCAAAUAAUUAGCUGCCCUCUGUCACCUCCUAGCGGUUUUUACAUUAUUUGUGCAUCUGGUUUUAGUUCCACCCACUCACUGCGUAGGUGUGUCUGCGAGCCAAUGACCUCAUUUCACUUAUUUUAUUUUUGCAUCAGUCAGUUGGCAAAGCAAACUGAUUUUUAGACCAUAUACCCCCAGCCCCUUGCCCGGCACUUGGGGUGGUCACUGUCCUGCCUCUCGGGCCGGCCCUGGCGGCUCCUGAAUGUGUGGUCGGCAUCUGUACAAAUGCAUUUUAUUUGCUAUAGUUUGUAAAGCUGUAAAGUUAAAGAAAUGAAAACCUUUUCAGCAUAAAUAUAUUUUACUUGCACUGUGUUUUUUAGCUAAAAGUGAAAACUUAGAUGAAAUAAAAUCAAAGUUGAGAAGAAUCAUCAAAAGACUGUUUCUCAGUGUGAAUCAAGUGUUGAAAAAUGGUCGGUGUAUUUUGUCAGUAAUUGUACAUAACUUUGGCACAUAACAUAAAAACCUAUGUAAACUAUAAUUAUUUUGCUAAGAGACUGUAUGCGGCUGUGGGCCACUUUACAGAUGUCCAGAGCAAGCCCUUCUUUGUACCUAUUUUUUUAUUACAAAUAUACUAAUUGGUUCUUUAUAUUUUCAGAGGUUAUUGUAUUAAAUUGCCUAUUGAUAGUACUUUUAUGACUGUAAAUACUUGGGCUUUCUCCGUGGGACCCUCACGGCAGACUUUCAUCCGCACGAGGGAGCUGAACGAGCAGUAUUUUUUACCGGCCCUGAGACCUGUUACACUUACUUUGUCUUUUAGGAAAUCCCCGUCUUUCCAUUUUUUCAUGUAAAUUUUG